AUGGAAGUUGUUAUGGCGGAGGCUUUAGCAGUGAGGCAUGGGUUGAAGAUUGCAAUGGAGGCGGGGUUUACUAGCUUAGUGCUGGAAAUGGAUAACCUUUAUGUUUACUCGAAGCUGAAGAAAGCAAGGCAGGAGAAUACGAUCCUUGGGAGUAUAUUACAUGAUAUCCAAGUCUUAGCUAGCCAAUGUCAUAGUAAUUCUUUUUCUUUUGUUAAGAGAGAAGGAAAUGGGGUGGCUCAUGUUUUAGCCAAGUUGAGCUGUAAUUUUGAGGGACUUCGUGUUUGGCUGGAGGAGUAUCCCCCUGAGGCCCAUGCUGCUGUAAUGGCAGACUUAUCUGCUAGCUUUGAUUAA